UAAAGGCUAAAGCUAAAACGCGAACCUAUGUGUCCGAACUAACUGGCUAAGCUAAGCUAACGCUGGGUUUGAAGAUGUGUAAAUCAUCGAGUUAUGAUGACUAGAAACCUGCAAGAGGCCAAAUCAUGGACGUUUUAAACAAACUGACGACUCUCUUCCAGCAGGCACUGGAGACAAGGGAGCCAUCUAUCAAUCUGCUAGAUUCUUUUGUCGAUCACUGGAAAGGAAUUACCAACUAUUACAUAGAAACUACAGAUGAGACUCGGCCAGUGAAGCAGACAGACAUCCCAUGGAGGCUGAAACAGAUGCUGGAUAUCCUAGUGUACGAGGAGAAGCAGCAGGAGGUGGAGGAGACUGGAGCCUGCAUGGAGUACCUGCUCCAGCACAAAAUACUGGAGACGCUCUGCACGCUGGGAAAGGCACAGUAUCCUCCUGGAAUGAGCCAGCAGGUCCUGCUCUUCUUCUCGAAGGUCCUGACGCAGAUUCAGAAGCCUGUGCUCCAUAUAAUCAAUGUGUAUCGACCUGUACAGAAGCUGAUUCGUCUGUGUGGACUCCCGAACUCCCAGACAGAGAAAGAGGAGGCCCAGUUUUUGUUUGCUGUUUGUUCUCGAGUGAAGAAAGACCCAUAUGUCCUUAAUUACAUCUUAGAGACGACCAAAGAAGGCCAGCCUCAGAGGUCCAGCUCUGUCUCAGAGGACAGUAUAGAAGAAGGUUCCAGUGGUGCUUCCAGUCCAGAGAGUCCUCCCUCUACCCCCCUGAACAGCUCCUCCCAGCCAGGCAUCAUCCAAGUCCUCACUCAUCUGGGGAAGAACCAGAAGAGCCGCGUUGCCCUGCGGGCGAUGGAGAGCGUGCUGCUCCUGAUGAGUAUCCCUGAGGAGAAGACGGCCAGCCUGCUUGCAGAGGAAACUCCGCUGUGUGCCCUGCUGGCACAGAGACUGUGCGAACUCUACAGCACCAUCCCCACCACCCUCCACCCUGCAGACCUGCACAGCUACCCCCUCAAACAGUGGAGUUCUCCAGACUGUUCGGAGGAGAGUCCUUCGUUCCCAGCUCAGGAACACGUAGACAAGUUCUUCUCCUGGCUAGACUACUGUGACCAGCUCAUUAAAGAAGCACCAAAGGUGCUUGCUGUUGAACUUGCCAAAGCUAUUCACCAGCAGUGGCUUAUAGGAUUCCUUCAACCUCAGCUGCUACAGAUGUCGGAGGUUGGGGUCCUGGUCCACACUGCUCUGCUGUCGUGCUCCGUGCGCCACGUUCACUCCCCGGCUCUGCUGCGGGAGCUAGUGCACUUUCUGCUGGGCAGCGACACACACCACGAACAGCGGGCAGAGACACCCCCCUACACACACACGCUGCGCUACCAUCUCAUCGAGCACUGUGACCACAUCUCGGACGAGAUCAGUGUCACUACCUUAAGAUUGUUUGAGGAGCUUUUGAAGAAGCCGGACAGAAACAUCCUGACAAAUCUGGUGCUGCGGAACCUGGAGAGCCGCUGCUAUAGGCUGCCGGGUUCUGGGGAGGAGAGACCUGGAGCAGACCUUGAUCUCCUGGAAGAGUCUGAGGAGCUGGAGGAGGAUCCUUUCUUCACAGACAGUGAGUUCAGUGGCUCUGAGUCUCUGCUGUCUCUGUCCAGUCAUCGGGACGAGAGGAAGUCUAAUUCACGUACACAGAUAGCCGAAACUGUUAACAGUUUUCUCUGUUUGGUACCUCAAGAAGCAAAAACAACUCAACACGUGCAGGGAGCAGGAUAUGACACGUAUGUCCAUGAUGCUCUUAAAUCGCUGAAAGAAUGUACAGCCAUGUCUUCGGAGUGGGGCUGGCCGGACUCCCCUAAACCACUUGAUGUCCACUCCUCCAGUACAGACUUCUAUGAAGGCCACUUCCUCAAAGUGCUGUUUGACAGGAUAGCACGCAUCCUGGAGCAGCCGUACGAGCUAAACCUGCAGGUGACGUCUGUCCUGUCCCGGCUGGCCGUGUUCCCUCACCCUCAUCUCCACGAGUACCUGCUGGACCCCUACAUCAGCCUGAGUCCUGGAGCCCGUUCACUCUUCUCUAUGCUUGUCAGGGUGAUAGGGGAGCUGAUGCAGAGGAUCCAGCAUUUCCCCAACUUCACACAGAGACUCAUCAUGGUCAGGAGGCAGCUGAUGGGCCUCGAGGCGGAGACCAUGAUGGAUCACGCCAGCCUGUUAAGAGGAGUGAUAGUGCUCGAAGAGUUCUGUAAGGAGCUUGCAGCUAUAGCCUUCGUCAAACUCCCUGUGGGUGACCACGAACAUCUCACUGCCUUCAGCCCUUAAAUAAGGACAGUACCGAACCUUCAGUGUCUAAAGGACAGCAUCAGUUAAGCAGUUGCCUCAGUUCACAUCUGUUUGCACAGAGUGAUGUGGUACUGGCGCUGUUUUGCAGGGUACAGUACACUGAUGUUUGGAAAAUGUCAUUGGUACGCUCAGUAUAUUGCACAUACGCAUAGUUGGUCACGUGUUCGGUGUAGGGGUUAACUUCAGCUUUGACCUUGACCUUUAUUAACAAUGAAAACUAUGAGACAGACACUACUACUAUUAGUCAAAUCAAGCCUCCGCUGAUUUGGACGUUUAUGAUGAAUGUUCCUCAGCUUCUGCAAAAGAGGGUCUUAAAGCAAUAGUUCAGUCAAACAAGCGAAUCUUGCAAGCAAUAGAUAAAAACACCCCAACGAAGCAUUAUGCGUGACAUUAUUUAAUAAUUGUCAGCUGUUAGAUACAUUAGCAUGGUUUAUACGUUUGUUUGGUUUAUCUAUGCCUUUUAAAGUCGUAAAGCUGUGUGAUAUUGUAAAGCAGUAAUAUAGCUUUACAUCGGCCAUGUGCUGUAUGUUAGGGACAGAUGUCACCGUCUCCUGACCUGCAGGUGUCUUUACAAAGCUGCUUAUUUUACAGGCCUGUCCCGGUCAGUAAGCUGGUAGUCUUAUUACAUGAUGACGAUGAUUUACUAGCUUAUUGAUCACGGCUGGACUAGUUAGAAGAAAGAGCUUUAUGCCCUUGGUACCAGAUACAAAAUUACAGAGUUUAACAUAAGAUGAACUAAGUCUUUCAGUCUUAAUCUAAAGCAGGGUGCUUAGACUCAAAUAUGAGAGGGCUACAGCGCUGCACAGGUUACUGUUUUCCUACAACAAAACUAGGGCUGCGUGAUAUGACUUUAAACGUGACGUUCGAUAAAGCUGUCGAAUAUCACCAUGAUGAUGAUAUGAGAAGCAAUAACUGAUUAUUAAAAUAGUGUGCCUCUGAAUGUAUGUGCCGCAAAUACAGCCUAUUACGCUGUGAAAACAGAAAUCUAACAAACCUCUCCUUUAAUCUGGGGUUAUAGCAAGAUAGCAAAAAUGCACAGCACUGCUCUUACAGAGCAUCAAAAGCUGUUUGCUAAUGGCGCCCCCUUGUGGAGAAUUUGGAGCCUGCGAAAUGUGCGCGAGUUCCAUGAGGUGCCUAAGUCUGAAAAAAGUCAGGAUUUGUUCUGUUUCUGUUUGUGGUCUGUGUAUACUUUUGUUUUUUAUAUAGGCAUCCACAAAGAAAAAAAAAUUUAACUGCUUAAAGAGGUCCUUAUGAUGAUGCAGGUUUGUUGUAACAGUAGCCACUACUGCUUUGUAUCGCUGCUGUCGGAACAGCUCGUAUCUCCAAAAUGGUAGCUUUACAGGAGAAGGACAAAACUUACUUUACUUUCAAUGUAGGUCAAUGGAACCAGACGUCUUUUCAAGUAAUUUUGGGUCAUUUCUUUCGGUCCAUUCAUAGUGAAAUUUACACGCAACAUAAAGGACAACAGGCAUUUUCAGAUUAUGCCAAAAACUGAAAAACGAUGAAAAUGGAGAUACGAGGUUUUGUUCUGGCAGCAGCGAUAUGUCUUACCAUACAGUCAGUGCACCAUACACUGAGAGUGAGAAUAGUCAUGACCUUGUGAACAUGUUUACAAGUCAGUAGUUCAGGAUAGAGUGGCUUUUGAGCAUAGAGUUCAAACCCAGCACAGCGAAAAGCUUGUCCGGUGUCCAAUGAUACGAUUCCACUAAUCUUUUUUGCAUCAUUUUGUCGACACUCAUAAUUUGUUUUAUCAUUGCAGCCUUUACCGAUGUGUUGAAUGCAUAAACUAGUAUCGCAAUAAUAAUAAAAAUGAUUCAUCGUGCAGCCCUACUAAAAACAAUAAUGCAGUUUACACAAAUCAAACGUGCAUCAUGAAUAAAAUAUUUCAGUUUACUUACAGUUGGCUAUAACUGUGUUAAUAUAAUAAAUUUCACCUGGAAAUUAUGUCCACAUUUGAAUCAAGUAAAUUCAAAUGCAAUUGAACUAUUUUCAGUGCAUCAGUGGCUUGAAUCGAGUGUUUCGGUCAUUGAACUGUACAGUGCUGCGGCCCUCUAGGACUAGACAACUCUCAUCUGAAAGCUCUAAAAAGGCCCUGAGCGUUUCUCGUUGCACGGCCAAAUGCUCCCGUUCAGCUGAGCGUGUUUGGUGAAGCCCCAUACUGACCCUCUCGGGUUUGAAUAAUGCAGUAAAGACUCUGAGCCAUUGCACAUCUCUCGUUUUACCUUUUUAACAUGCUGAUUAAUUAGCCUUAGUGAGUUUCCCCAAAACAUUAUAGCACAAAGGUCAUUGUUUAGACAAAUGGGGCAGUUAUCAUUCUCCUGAUUUUAAAAUGAUCAGAAUGAUGUUUGUGGGGAAACUGAAACCCUUUCCGUGCUUGUAUUAUUAUUAUUAUUAUUAUUAUUGUUGUUGUUGUUGUUGUUGUUAUUUUUAUUGUUGUUGUUGUUAUUUCAGAGUUUAAAAUAUGUAAGCAAAAAGAGCUUUUUAAAAUGUUAUCUUUAAUCUGUCAGCUUUCUGAUGUGGUAAUUUAAGUGUGGAUAUUAAUCAUGUCUAUUUUAAUUUCACAAUGUCACAUAGCUGAACCAAAAGUUGAGGGGUGUGCAAUUAUGUAUUUCUGAGUGUUGAGGUGUGUGGUACGUGUUGACUUUUCUCUUUGACUCUUUGCUACUUUUCUCAAUGAAGAUUACUUUCUAUGGAGAAGAGA